ACUUGCCCAAGCAGCGCCUGAGACACCAUCCACGGGGCACACACCAAAUGGAGAAAGACCGAGGACCUAGAAAAGUUGUGCCAGGUUGCUUUGGUUACCCAAUCAGCAUCUUCUUCAUAGUCAUCAAUGAAUUCUGUGAAAGAUUCUCCUAUUAUGGAAUGCGAGCUGUGCUUGUUCUCUAUUUCAAGUAUUUUCUGCACUGGACAGAUGAUCUUUCUACGGCAAUUUACCAUACAUUUGUUGCUCUCUGCUACUUAACACCUAUCCUAGGAGCACUUAUAGCUGACUCCUUCUUGGGAAAGUUCAAGACCAUUAUUUCCCUGUCCAUUGUAUACACAGUCGGCCAAGCAGUCUUGUCGAUAAGUUCCAUAAAUGAUUUGACAGAUGGCAACCGGGAUGGAGUCCCAGAUACUAUUGAGAUUCCCGUUGCUCUUUCUAUGGUCGGCUUGGUUCUCAUUGCUCUCGGAACUGGUGGAAUCAAGCCAUGUGUAGCUGCGUUUGGAGGAGAUCAGUUUGAAGAUCAUCAGGAAAAACAAAGAAGCAGGUUCUUCUCUAUAUUUUACCUGUCCAUCAAUGCAGGAAGUCUUCUCUCCACCAUAAUCACCCCGAUUCUCAGAGGUGAAGAAUGCGGAAUUCACGUCAAGCAGAAAUGUUACCCUCUGGCAUUCGGUGUUCCUGCUGCACUAAUGGCAAUCGCUUUAUUUGUGUUCAUAGCUGGAAGUAGUAUGUACAAGAAAGUUGAACCUCAAGGCAAUGUAAUGGUCCAAGUCGGCAAAUGUAUUGCGUUUGCCAUCAAAAACAGAUUUAAAUAUCGUAGCAAAGAGUACCCCAAGAGGGAGCAUUGGCUGGACUGGGCUAGAGAGAAAUAUGCUAAACGUCUUAUCACUGAGAUCAAGAUGGUCUUGAGAGUGCUGUUCCUGUACAUUCCUCUUCCAAUGUUCUGGGCGCUCUUUGAUCAGCAGGGAUCCAGAUGGACACUGCAAGCCACAACAAUGGAUGGAGAUUUUGGCGCUGUUCAGAUUCAGCCGGACCAGAUGCAGACUGUUAACCCAAUCCUCAUUGUUAUAAUGGUUCCAGUUGUAGAUGUGUUGAUUUAUCCUCUCAUUGAUAAAUGUCGCAUUAAUUUCACGCCUCUGAGGAAGAUGACAGUUGGCAUGUUUCUGGCUGCUUUGGCGUUCGUUGUUGCUGCUCUGGUGCAAGUGCAGAUAGAUAAAACUCUCCCAACAUUUCCUGCACCAGGCGAGUCCCAAAUAAGAGUAAUAAACUUGGGGAACAGCAAUGCAACAAUUCAUUAUAAUGAUGGAAGAUCUGCUGAUGUGAAUUCUUUGGGAUCAACGGACUACCUCACUUUUAACACUGAGCACUUAAAGGACAUCAACGUAACAUAUGGCACUAAAACUAUAAGCAAGUCAUUUGCAUUCGUGGGAGAAGAACGUCACACCCUUGAAAUAACAGAUGUGGUUGAGAUCCAGGCUGAACUGCUUGUGGAUGGUCUCACAGUAAAACCAGAGCAAGGAAACAAUAAAAUCAGAUUUAUAAACAACUUGAAUGCAACCAUAAACGUCACUAUGGAUGGUACCAAUUUUGGAGAAGUGGUGUAUUUCUCUGCCACCAAUUAUUCAUCUUUCCAAAGAGGAUCAAAACAGAUUAUAAUUAUCACUAACAAUCAGAGUUGUGAAGAAAACUCUUUGCAAUUUGGGUAUGGUAGUGCUUAUACCAUUAUAGUAGAAGAGUGUAACAGCAAUGGAUCGAGGAUCAAAUACGUUGAAGAUAUUCAACCCAACACUUUCAGCAUGGCUUGGCAAAUCCCGCAGUACUUCAUUCUUACUUGUGCUGAAGUUGUCUUCUCAGUCACUGGAUUAUCAUUUUCAUAUGCACAGGCACCCAACAAUAUGAAGUCUGUGUUGCAGGCUGGCUGGCUGUUGACAGUGGCUGUUGGCAACAUAAUUGUUCUUAUUAUAGCUGGAGCUACAACAAUUAGCGAACAGUGGGCAGAAUAUAUUCUGUUUGCAGGUUUGCUUCUUGCAGUGACCAUUAUUUUUGCCAUCAUGGCCUAUUUUUACACCUAUGUGGACCCAGCUGAGAUUGAAGCUCAGCUUAUAGAGGAAGAAAAACAGGAGAAGGAAAAGAAGGAACCUGUUUAUGGAAAUGGAACUGGACCAGUCGUACAGACUCAAAUGUGAACCAGGUGAACUCAGGUGUGGACCAUUUUGAUACUAAUGCUUCCUGAAGCUCAGCUGUCUUGUUCAUACAUACCCCUGACUAUCCUAGAUGUACAAAAAUCUAAAUUCAGGUCUGAACAAGAAUGUAAACUGCCAUCUGGUCAGCUGCAUUCCCACGCCGAGAUCCAGAAGCAUUACACUCGUGUCACUGGGCAUCACUAGACAGAGAUGGAUAAAAGGUACAGCCAAAAAGCACAUACUCUUUGGAGGAUUAAGAGCAGGAAAUCUGCUCUUGGUGAUGAAAAUGAGAAAAGCCCAUAACCACAUUCUCAGCAGAAUUUGUACUUCUUUAAAGAAAAAAGUAUCGGAAUCCAGCUGCACUUGGCUGUGUUGAAAUGGCAUGGAAAGUAUUAUUUUUAUACAGUGCACCUUUUAAUUUUAUAUUGUAGAAAGGCAAGUAUUCCCAGAUCAAGGUAUCCCCCCCCAUGCAAUAUGCAGGCCCAAGGGGGCUUUUUUAUGCUGCCAUACAAAUAAUGAAUGCAUAAUAAAUGUAUUUCCCCCCCCUGAAAAUAUAUAUAUCGGAACCUGCUGAAUGUUAACACCCUGGUAUAAUACUACAGAAAUCUUUCUCCAGCUUCUGCAUAAGAGCUCUGCUCUCAGUUAGUUAUUGUGGUGGAGAACAAAGAGGAUUUGCAUUGUGAAGCAAAGGCGAGUGAAAUAAAACUUGAAUUGUAACAGUUCUGUUUUGACUUUGUUUUUGGAAAGAGAGAACAAAUCUGGCUUUUCAUUUCAUAUCCACCAGGGUGAGGGUGGACCAUUUUGAUACUAAUGCUUCCUGAAGCUGAGCUGUCUUGAUCAUAUGUACCCCUGACUAUCCUAGAUACACAAAAUCUAAAGCCAGGAGUUAGCAGUUUUACAUGGCUCUGUGGUCCUAUCAAAGUGUAUAUCAAGGUGGUUUGCCUAUAGUUUCACAUACAACAAAAUGAUUUUUUAAUCUUCCAAGAGGAUAUUCCAAACUUCAGAGUGCUAGAAAAAAAUUGUGAUCAAUUCCCUGUUAAGGGGUCUAAGGCCAGCAAUGCCAAUGAGAAAGAGCAGAGUGGGAUGAAAUAUGUAUUUUGAUAAAGAAAAAUGCUACAACCUUGUUCAUAUCUAAGUUGACAAAAUACUCGCAAACAUAAUCCAUUUGUAACAGUAGGACAUACUAAAGCGACCCCUUCAGAGGAAGUCUGUCAUAGGAC